CCCAUGCCACCGUUUACACACAGAAAGGACCCUGUGAAUCUGAGAGCAAGCAUUGCACUCUUCUGUCAUCCCCCCCAGUGUAAUCCCUGUCAGGAUUUUAUGGAGACCAUGGCAAAAGAUGGUGCAGCACAAGAGGCAACUGUGACUCCAAACAAGGAUGUAAGUGAAGAUAACCCUAAAGGGUACACAGUUAUCUAUGUUUUAGGUGGUCCAGGUAGCGGAAAGAGUACGCAAUGCGCCAAAAUUGCUCCAUACUUUGGGUUUUGUCAUCUGAGUGUUGGUGAUCUUCUUGAAGCAGAAGUUGAGACUGGAUCUAAAUACGGUAAAAUGAUUGAGGACUGUAAGAAAGAAGGCUGGCUUGUUCCUUCCGAUCUGGUUGUCAAGCUUCUGCAACAGGCAAUGCAGAGGAGCCAAAACAAGAAAUUUGUCAUCGAUGGCUUCCCACGGAACGAAGAAAAUCGUGCUGCUGCUGAAAGCAUUAUGAAAAUUGAGCCAGAUUUUGUAUUGUUUCUUGACUGCUCAGAAGAGGAGAUGAAAAGACGUCUUUUAAAUAGAAACCAGGGAAGAGUUGAUGAUAAUAUUAACACAAUACAGAAGCGUCUUAAAGUCUACUUUGAAUGCGCUCUUCCUGUAAUCAAUUAUUACAGCGCCAAGGGCAAUGUUCGAAAGAUUGAUGCUGAAAGGUCUCCUGAAGAGGUAUUUGAGGCAAUCAAGGACGUAUUCUUUGAGCUGAAAGAGAAGCAUGGGGAGACCCGCAUGACUCCGUAGUUUAUCAGAAUAAUAUUGUACUAGUUUGAAGUUUCCCUGAGAUAAUCUGUCAAGAUAACCUCUUUAUUUUUGAAAUACAAAAUGAAUUUCAAAGAGGGAUCCUCUACAAACUCAAAGAGAUC